ACAUAACCCCUUCACUAAUUGGCUAGCCUUCCAGAGGAAAUUUCUCGACAGAUUUGAUCACAUCGCACCAGGUCAAUGCCUCCGUCUAAUAAAGGAAUACACGCAGCAGCCUCGGGAGACCUUGGCUAGAUAUGCUGAACGUUUUACGUACCUAGCCGAAUGCUCCGGGGUGGACGAGAAAAUGGUACGGACUGAUUUCGUCAGAGGAUUGUCAGAUUCUCGUCUGCGGAAAAAGAUCCGCAAGAAAUGCAACCCUAUAGAACAUACCCUGACGGAGCUGAUUCAGUACGCAAUUAAGUACGGGAAAGAAAAUCACGAUGUGGGCCUGGACUCAGAAUCCGACGAGGAUGACCCUUCGGGGCUUCGACGCAAUAGCUACUCCGCUACGGCACGAAUGUUCGAAGAUCGCUUCGGGUUGGGUCCGGCAAAAAAAGGCUUGGAUCGGAAAGCUUCUUCCUCUGCUUCGACCUCCCGUCGCUCUAGUCAAGCACAAGGAGGCCGGGGUGAGGAAGAAGUGUUCAUGAAAGAGGUCGCGGCCCAAUUAGUUACGGUAGUGGCCCCGCUGACGGAGUUUGUUCAGGGCCUGCAGCGGCAACGCCUAGCCGCCGCACAACGGCAACAAGCGGCUAUGGCCGCCGGGGCCCCUAUGAUAAGACCGGCCGUGGCUGGGGCUGUCCCACCCCUACGCUGUUAUAACUGUAAUCAGCCAGGUCACCUUGUGAAAGAUUGUCCAAAACCUCGAACUCAGGGCGGGCCCGCUGGGCCUUCCCAAAUCCCGCUGGCUGCCGCUGCAGGACAGGGGAGGGUGGCCACGGUGAUGGAUAUCGAGGCAACGGAAAUGGUGACCCCUGCUGCCACCGAGAUAGGGCCCGAUGAAUACAUGGCUGCGGCGAUGUUCGAACCCGGGACCAUCGGAGUGAUACGUCACGUCCAACGGAUUACCGAGGAAAGUGACCUCGGGCCGUGGCGACCAGGGUUCGAAGACCUUGCGGCACCUGGUCCUGAAUACAAGGAUGGCCAUAUCGACGUAUUGGAUGCCUUGAAGGCUCUGGAUCUUCGGAUCCCCGUCCCUAUUCCCUAUCUGCUAACCAUUUCCGAAGCGGCUAACGAAAAAUUGAUCAAACGAUGCCUCAAAAACAGGCGCCGAUUCGAGGAAAGUCGAAAGGGCAAAAAUGGCCUUGGAGAAAAGCGAGUUCUUCUUGUCGGAGAUCUCAUUCUUGGGGUACAUCGUCACGGUCGAUGGACUAAAACCGGAUCCGAGGAAGGUGGCAGCAGUUCAAGAAGCCCCGGCGCCGGUCACAGGGCUUUUCUAGGGCUGGCAUCCUAUUACCGGCGCUUCAUCAAGGGGUUCGCCGGUAUAGCGAAGCCCCUCACGAACCUGCUGAAGAAAGAGGAACAGCUGAUCUGGAUGCCGGAAUGCGAAGCGGCGUUUCAGGCGUUGAAGGAGGCUGUGACAUCUGCUCCUGUGUUGGCGCGUCCCGACCCGACAAGACCGUUCGCACUGUACACCGACUGGCAGCCUCAGGCGAUAUCGGCGGUGCUGACUCAGCACGGGGCGGACGGAAGGGAACACGUCAUUGAGUAUGCAUCCAAGAUGUUGGGCCAGGCGCAGACUAAUUACGAAGCAUGCAAAGGCGAAUGCCUGGCGGUGGUGUGGGGGAUUCAGCAUUUCCGACCGUAUCUUUACGGUCGGAAAUUUGUGCUGUUGCGGUACGACAUUCAGCAGGUGAACGUGCCAGCGCCCGGAGUUGCUGAUUUGGCGGCGUACUCGUUGCUUUGCGAUCGGCUGACGUAUGCGGGGGUGUACGUGGACGUGACGCAGUUGCCUGGCCUAGAGACGAUUCGAGUAUUCAUUGAGUUCCGCGCGCUCCAGGUGGCACCCAACUUCGUGCACAGCAUCGCCACCUUUAUCGGAGACUUGACGAUCCUACCGCAGCCAAAUCGGGAGCCGGCGCGAAGCUUUGUGCGCGAAUACGCGGUGGAAGCGGCCAGAUCAGUGGCCAGAUUGCAAGGACGGGGGGGACACCGAUUCACAGCCCACGAAGUGCUGCUCAGGGCAGAGGACGGACCAAUUGCGUUACUCACGGAGGGCCCUUAUCCCAUGCGCGAGUUCUCGGAUUAUUUGGUGGAGCUCACUGACGUGGAGCCGCUGCCCUUCGCCGACGAAGACGCGUGGGAGUUGCACUGUGCGCUGUACAAGUCGGUGGCGCAGGGGAUGUUCCGGUUCUUCGUGGAUCACGAAGACCACUACAUCGGGGAACACUUCGUCGUCUACUACAUCAUCACACGGCCCAAGCCAGCGGAGAAGGAAGGGACGGUGGCGCUGUACCCAUUCGCCCAGCUCCAGACGAUCGAUCCGGGAUUGUUGGAGCUCAUACAUCUUGAGCUCCUCUCCAUUGCGCAAGUGAUCGCGAGCGAGGAGGAGGAGAUCCAACCACGAUUGCGGACGGCGAUGGCCCCGCGGAGAACGUACAACGCGGUCGUCAUCCGGGAUUACAUUGCGCAGCGCGCGGAGAGGUUGGAGGACUUCCCGGAGGAAAAGCCGUUGCGGCCUCCCUCGUCGUAUCCUCGACCGGCGCCACCGAAGGCCCCCAAGAAGACGCCGAAGAGGAAGAGACGCCACCCGUCGCCAGGAGCGCAAGGCAGCACGAUCGGCGGCGGCGAGGAGGUGAUUCAGCCCUCGCGUACGCGGAAUCUUGACCCCGUGCCUGGGAGUGCGGCGACGCUCGUUAAGGAGACUGUAGUGCCAUCGCCGCCCUUUCCGCGGGUGCCCGAUCUCAAUCUUGAUGGAGCCGGGCCAUCAUCAGCAGCAGCAGCCGGAGGAGGAAGCCGAAUGGGAUUUCCGGAUCCCAUAUCCAAACCCCCAUCCUCGCGGGACCUCUCCGUUCCCGCCAGCCACCCCGGGGUGCCCCGGUCAUUGACAUUAGUAGUUCCUCCAAGCCGGACGGUCCAUCCGACAGAGGUGGACUUCAUGGUGGAGCCCGCCACCAUCAGGCUCGAGGCCAUCACGGGGGCGCCGCGCCCUGAUCCGGCAUGGGAGCCAUAUAUGACACCCCCUUUUCAAGGGUGUAUUGCGGCGCGAUUGGCUGGGACGCUCAUCUACGAGACCGGGCAGCGUCCGAAUGCGAUGUACCACUUCCUUGUCUUCGCGGCGCAGAAGCGGGAGCGGCGGCCUUACACCGAGACUCAUGUGGUGAUGACGGGUCCAGGGCCCCGAUCGGUGCGCAAGCGGGUGGUGCGGGCGGAGUCGGAUCUGGCGCCACGUGUCCUGUCUCAUGUGCCGGGGGCUUAUCUCUAUCCCUCGUUCGUGCAGCACCACUUCCAGGAGGAAGAUGCGCCGACGACUCCCUCGACGAUGGCCGCUUUUCUUCCGCCUAUUCCGCCCCCUCUCAAUCCCGACAUAGAUCACUUCCUCUAAUCACCCCCGUCUACCUCUCCCCUGUUCUCUCCUUCUCCUUCUCUUUAUCGUCUUCUUCUCCUAUCUCCAAAGUUCGCGCGUCGAGACG